GUUGACUUUGACUCACUUCACUUCAUUCCACCCACCUUGCUAAUAUUUACACCAUGAAGGCAGCAGCUAUAUGCCUGUUCCUAAUGCUGGCACUCAUGUCUAUCUUCGAUGUGGAGUCAGUCUCAAAAGAAACAGUUAACUGUGAUGGUUAUAAAAAACUACCACCAGGACAGUCCCGACAAUGCACUCUAGAAUAUAUUCCAAUAUGUGCUUCUAACAGGAUAACAUAUCCCAACAAAUGUACUUUCUGCGAUGCUGUUAAGCAGAGUGAUGACAAGAUCAAAUUUUCACAUUAUGGGAAUUGUUGAAUUAAAGCAUCAGUUCUGAAAUACCCUUCACUGCUUUUCAUUCCUACUAGAAGAUAAUGCACAAGACAUCUCUUAUUUCCAGAAGAUUCUCCUUCGUAAUGUUGGAUCUUCAACUUUGCUUGU